CGGGGCGAGAAUCCUAGCCUCCCCACUGCCACCGCUUAUUUGGCUUCUGCGGCUGGCUCCACGGCUGGCAGGUUGUCGUCACACGUUGGUCACACAUUUCCGGCGUUGGCCUGCCAACCCGGUUUGCCAGCAACAGCAGCGAGCCACCAUCAUCCGGAGCAGUUGGGUCACGUGGCCGCCGCCGCCGCCGCCGCCGCCGCUGCCGCCGCCUCGAUGGGCAUGGAGUCCUCGGAGCUUAUGGCGAUGGCUCAUUAUCAGGCACAGCAGCUGCAGCGGCAGUUGCUGGCCGAGCAAUCAGGUCCGGGCACCCCGAUGCUACCACCUACGUCUGCUCAGCCUACUGGUGGAGGCUUGACGCAGCCGCAAGGACUCCAGGGGCAGCAGCAACAGCAGAGUCAGAUGCAACCGGGUCAGGAUCCAUUGCAGAGCCUGGUGCAGCAACUGCUCUGUUUACAGCAGAUUGAGUAUUUCUUGGCGCAGCGCGGUCACAAGUAAUUACAUUUUGGAAAACGUACGGAUCAUCUCACGAGAGAUGAUUGGACCAGAAAGUGAUGUACGGAACUCGUUGUGAACGAGAAACGCGUUUGUGCUAAAGUGCUCUGGUUCGUCAAUAGGUAUAUUCCGUGCCGAAUUGUCGAGCGACCCUGCAGUGCUGCUGCAUUUGAUGUUGUGCACUAUCGAGGAUGAAGACGAAAACGAACUUACGUGCGGUGGCAGUCUGCUCGAGUUCGUAAUGUUUUUCUAAUUCUUGGACGGAUGGGGGAGGAGGAGAAGUAGCGCGGUAUCUUUAUUCGUUACGAUAAUGCGGGAAGAUUACGAGAAAAAAUCGAAGGAAAGGAGCGAUAGAUAAAUAGAGGAGAAUUGAGCCCGUGUAUUCGUGAAUUAUUGUAUCGUUUCGAAAUACCGUGCGGAUGGACAGUGAUCUCCGAAAUAGUAGAGAUCAAGUGUUUUAGCGUGUGAUAAAAACUUUAUGUCAAAAAUUAUAUUAAAUAUGAAAAAGGUGGAAUACAUACAAUGUGACUAAACAGUGAAAGAUCGCUUUUGGACAAAAAGUAGGAAGCGAAAAAAGGAACGUUAAUGCCACACGCAUCAGAGACGAUUAUCCGCUCUAGUGCAAGCUGUGAAUGAAUCUCUAUCCGUCAACAGUAUUGAUAUAAUUAAUAGAGUAAAUGAAUAUAAAAUAUUGUAAGAACUAUAUCGUAAGUACGUAUUUGUGCAAAUGUCAGUGUGCAAGUUAGGCAGAAUGCGCGAUAUGACAGUGAGAAAGAAUAUAUGCUCGAGAUAUAUGAGAAAGAAAGAGAAGAAAAAAUGAAUACGCAAGGAUGCAAGUGAUUAAAUCAGAGAAAAAGAGAGUGUGUGAGGGAGAGAGAGAGCUAGACAGAGUCACUUUCGAUUCAAAUAUGUUUUUAUUUUUAAAUGCGGGGAUUGACCGGACGUCAAUACAAAUCUCGCUGAUUAUCCCGAGGGCUCGUUAUAGAAGUUUAUCUUUUAUUAUUAUUAUAAUUAUUUGACGAACCACGGAAAGUGUGAGAUUUUGCACGUUAAGUAUGUAAGAAAAACCUCGUUUCCAAAUAUUCGACAUUAUUGGUACAUGUAACAUAAAGGUAAAAUAUUCUUGGAACCGAGACGACACGGUAUCAAUCUCUACAGUGCAGGAAAAAAAAUGUAAAAGCAUUUUUUAACAAAAUGCUUCUCGUUUUAUAUUUACAUCGCGUUAUGAUACGUAGCACAGCACGCACCCACGUCUUAGGAAUUAUAUGUGUCUUAACUUUAUAUGUGGGAUAUAUCCAGAUGAAUACUUUAUGUUCACUGAUCUGAUCAUGUUUCUACUUUAAACCAGAGCUUUUUUAACAAAAUAUUAGGACCUUUAUAAUAUUAUUUAACAUAUUAGUAAUGUGUGUAUGCGUGAUUCGAUACAAUGCACACAAUGUACAUCACGUGAAAAUAUAUAUACAAAACACAUACAAUACAGACACAUGUAAAUCUUUAGUAAAUAAAGUUCCUUGCGCGUUACAUUUUAAACAUCAUGUAUGUUCCUCAUUACUAUGUUUAGACGCGUUGCAUUUGUUCCUAUUUUUUACAUUUUUGUGAUUCGUUACGUGUUCCUUCUUUUAGCAUGAUUUUAAUCAGAUUCAAAUGAUUUUAAGAAAACAUCAAAUCAUUCAUCUUUUUUAAUCAUCUAUAAGACUUGAUUAAUGUGCUCUUUGAUUCUUGCGAAUCUUUUUUAUGUAUAAUAAUUACUUAAAAUGAUAAUAGCAAUUAAUUUUCUCAAAUCUCAACUUUAAAAAAAUGUCUAAUAUUUUAAGUAUUUAUAUCAUUUAUAUAUAAAAAUUUGCGUUGAGAAUCAGAGUUAUACAUUAUCGCGCGUCGAAAUGUAAGAAAGGGGAACAUUGUUUCAAUCGUAAUUAUAAUACAUCACAUAAAUUCUGCGAUUCCUUCAGCAUUUUCCCGCAUGGCUAAUGUCAUAUGAAUACGAUCCUGGUACGAGCUCUGUUUUGAUUUCAAAAUUCUAAUUUUUCGAAUAUAUGAACACAUACAUCUACAGAGAUAGACACAUAUACUUGAGAAUAUAAUUCGCAUGUCACAAACCGUUCUAUUGCCGUAAAUAUUCCCUGUCAUUGUAGAUCUGCAUGAAAACAAAAUGCAUUCGCAAAAUCAUAUGCCGUUCUCACAUCGGGUCAUUAAUCGGAUAACAAGUUUACGCCAUCGUAACAAGAAAAGGAAGUUUUUAGAUUUUAAUUUCUGUUACGCGAAAUUUAAGAUCAAAUUUUCUUUCUAUUGUUCGAAAAUUUUUUCUAUUUGUUUGAUUUUAACUGUAAUCCAAAGAACAAUAUUACUUUCUGAAAAAUCAAAGUGGUGCAUCACGCCUUCGGGAUCUUUAAAUCGGACCAUUCUCGGAUAUUUGCAAAUGAAUGAAUCGAAUCCGACUAUUUAUCAAAUUUUACACAGAGAAACGGGGAGAGGAGAUGGAAAGCGCAUAUACAUACAAAAUGGAGUUUAUAUCCUUUUAAAAAGCAAAACAUUUUCUGCAUUUAUGUAUGUCGAAACCGCGCGGGAAUAUAUUUUGAUAUGUACAAAGAUUAUUAACAUAUUCAUGCGCAUCAUACGAAUAUCAAUCUUUUUUUUUUCUUUGAAAGAUCGCCAUUGUGUUUUCAUUAUUUUGCUGGUUUUAAAUGCAAACGCGUAUAUUACCGAACAUUGAUCUUCUAUCUUCUUUUACCUGAUUCUUUUUUUUUUAGAUUGAAAUAAAGUAGACUACACAGAUACGAGAGCGAAUGUGGCUUAUGUAUAGAAAGUAUCGAGAGCGAGAGACGAAUCGUGCGACAAAAAAAAAGAUACGCACGCAUGUCGUUGAGCAGGCACUUACACGUACAUACACAGUUACAUAUUUACAUAUACACUUACUCCAGAGUCACACACAAAAAGAAUCGUGAAUUAGUUAGAUAAGCCACGCCUGAAGCCAGUACAGUCCCACGGCGUGAGAGUGUGCGAAAACAGGAGAAAGGUGUAUUUCGUAAAAUAUACUUGUGCAUAUAGAGAGACAAAAAGAAUGAGAGAAAGCUAAGCGAAAUCGCAAAAAGUAAGAGAGAAAAAACGCACAUGUAUAGGAGCGCGUGUGUAUGCGUGUAUGUGCGGGAGAGAAUGUGAGAGAAUGUACGAAUGAUUUCGACACGAGCAUGCAGUGGGUUUUAGCAUAAAUGAUCUAUUGACAAAUGUUGUAUAUUAUUACGAAUUAUAAUGACACUAUUAUAAUUAAUUAAUUAAUUAAUUAAUUAUUAUACCCUAAUAAUGUGAAUUGAAUUUAAACGACAAAAAAUACACGAAAUGAUAAGUAAUAGGCGAACAAAUUUUUAAUUGUUAGCGCACGAAAGCCGAAAUUAUAAUGCCCCACGGGCAUCCCUAGGCCGAAACUCGAAAGUAGCAUCAAAUCGUAUCCGCGCGACAUAGUCGAAAACAAAAUACAUUACACAGUACGUGGCAAAGUCGCGCGGAGGCGAGACUUUGGUACGGAACUUGAGAUCCUUGCCGGGAGAAAGUGCAUCGCCCAGGCCUCGAGCGGCACGAUUUGCCCUCCGUAUAAGGAAAGGACUGUGAUCUUCGUUAUAGUAAUCCGAUCUAUAACGCGCGAUUCACGACGCUUCACUGCAAGCAAACAAGAUCUCGACAUUCCGCGGUAUCGCACUAGUCACAUUCGCAGGCAAGCACAAUGUCAUAAAGUCGACCGGCAAACAUUUAUGGUUGGCUUUACUGAUGAUGAUUAACUUUUAACCGCGGUAUUUUUAUCGAUUCUUCGCCUCUUUCUAGCUCGAACCUUAUAGAAGGAAAUGAAGAAUCGCUCGAAUCGAAUUAAUCGGUGGCAUUAGUCUUCAAACGUUGAUAACAGAUUGAAUAAUAUUUAGCAAACGUCACCAUUGAAUAUCGUCGUGCGUUAUUGCGUAAGGUAUUUUUUCAAAAGUAUCAUUUGUGCGUUAAAUUAUCUCUCUCUCUCUCUCUCUCUCUCUCUCUUUCAGGAGUGCAUAUUGAUUUGCCUAUCCGGAAAUAAAUCCUAUGUGUUCCGUUCGAAUAGUCGGCGAUGCACUUCGAAACAAUGUUGAGAAUAGCCACGAGAUGCGAGACGAGACACGCAAACUCUCGGCCGCAUCUUCAUCCUGAAGCUAUUUUAAUUUCAAACAAUGAUUCUACAAGUCGUCGCGCUAUGGGAAACGUCUCGAGCGAUACACCUCGUGAUUGUUCAUCGCCAUAUGAGGUCAUACUUGUACGAGUCAAGUUUUUUAAUUUAUGCGCAAGAGGAAAGCGGAGGGACAACGGGCUCGGCGGGCUCAGUGAAAGUAUCGAUCAUAAUAGAGUGACAGGUCGCACACAAGGUGGAUGACCUAAGGUCGUGCAUUAAUCUGCGAGAAAGCGGCUUUUGGUUUCGAACGCAUUUCAUUUUUUGCUUUCUUUGUAUUUCUGCGAAUGUACAAAACGGAAUUGCGCAUAUUUUCUACGAAUACGGAGAAAGAAUAUAUAAAUGCUGAAUCUCUUUUGCUAUGGCGAUCAGAAGAGAUUGCCGGAAUAAAAUUUAAACGCUUGCCUUUGAAGUCACGCUUCUCGUUUUCGCGCGAAAUGUGUAAAAAGGACGCUCAUAAAGGACGAUGAUUGCGAAAAACAACACAAAAUUUAUUACGAAUAGUCGUUAACAUAAUGACGCGUAUUAUUUCUUAAUUACUUAACGCGAUUUUGCAUUAAUUAUAGUCUUUAUUGCGCGAUGCUCGACGCUCUCACCAGCAAUUAAAUGACUAGGGCAAUUUCGUUAUUGAAUUUUCUGUUUUUACCUAAUUCGGAUUAAGAUCAUGUUUAAUUCGUACGCUACGUAUUCUAAUGAAAUUUGAUACAUCAAUGAAUACUACUUACAUAUAUCACGAGUAAAAGUUUCAAUACUUUAUAUUUUAGAAAUUUUGAUUCUAAAAUUUUCGAAUGACAUAAUUAUUCUUUAAUCUUAAACACGUAUUUUCUUUUUCAGGAAGACCAUAGAUUUAGAAUUGUAAGGUAAUUUUUGCGAAUUUUAACAUAUAACGAAAAUCAUAAAAUUCUCUAAAAGCAAGUAGAAAUAGCAAUCAAAUUAAAAAUCAUGUAUUGGAAUCAACUUUAUUUUUUUGGAUGUAAAUUAUUUUAUAUUUAACAUUAUUAUGAGAUAUAUUGAUCAGUGUCUAUGAAGUCUACUUUUAUUAAUUUUAUCUAGCGUGAUUGAAACUUUUAUCUUGUAUUUAAUGAGAUAUUGCAAUUACACAUUCCAGAGAAAUUAAAUAAAUCGUGCCGAAUUUGUGCUGUAAGUUGCAUUAUUAAAAUGAUAACUUUUAAUUAAAUCUUUCGCAAUCGUGCAAAUGCGUAAUUCACGAAGCCAACGACAACAGCAAGCGUUCGAUUAGCUUAAUUUCUAUUCAUUAACAAGAUUUAGCGCGAAUUUGCCGGCCGCGAUGUCGUAAUUCAUAAUUAAUAUUUGAUAGGUUGUUAAUAAACGAAUUACAUCUAGCAUCUGUGAAUAGAGUAUCAUGUUCAUUCAAUUGUCUCAUUCACAUUCAUCCAAACAUUAGUACAUUCUGUUCGAUUAGUCUACAGUCAUGAUAAUUGUGAUUGGUAUUUCGUCGCACAAAAAAUGGAAAACUAGAAAGAAGAGCAAAUUAUUUGUUAAAUCUAAUGAUUCUAAAGAAUUAUUUAUUUCCCUACCGAAACAAAACGUCUUUAAUGUAAAUAUAAUUCGGUAUAUUCUGACAGGAUUAACGUCUGAGAGCAUGAUUGAUCGAAUCAUAUAUGCGCGAUGCUGCUAAUUUUACGUACGAGAUUCUUCGCCGCAUGAUGGUUUGAUUCUGAAUUGGAAAGAUCUCGAGUACAUUUUGGCUCAGGGAGAGAAAAAGUAUGUCGUAUUCGAAAGCGAGCUUUGAAUUGAAUGAUCACUGCGAUCACUUCCUUCUCGUCGACUCGAUCGAGCGAUUCUUUAAGUCGUAGGAUUGAUUUUUGCAGUUAAAGUUCCUCAUUUAGCUCAUUUAGUGAUAAAACAAUUCCGCUCGAAAUAUUUAGACUAUCAUAUAUUCUUCAAUAUAUUAAUUAUCUUUAUUGAUAUCCGAGAUCUUUAGCAGUUUGCUUUUAAUCUGUUAACAGAAAAAAAACAAAAACAAGAAAAUCGAGAAAUGUGCAAUAUACUCAAAUCUAAUUUAUCUCGAUAAAAAAAGUGUUUGCUAAGUUUUUAAUUAAUCGUUUGUUUAAGACGGCCGCGUAUGUAUAUUUGGGAAAAUUGUUUCUCGAUCAUUAAUGUUGGAUAUAAUUUAUACAAUUCGGAAUACAGAAAUCUCAUGAUUAUUAUGCCGUGAUAUACACAGAACUUUAUAAUUAUCUUGGAAUCAAAUUGCAUAUCACCGACCGAAUCUCAGGAGAAGCUGAUUAGUAUUAUGGAAGCGAUGCGGAAAGUCGAAUAUUACGUAACCGCGAUCCUAGACCGAUUAGCGUCUCAUCCUGUUGUCCAACCGAUGCUGUUUACCUUAAAGGAUGAUAUUCCAAAUAAUUGUUGAUAAAUGGUCAGUCCUGUAUAUAAUGCUAAGGAGGGAAAGAAAAACGUGUGCCAUUCGUCGCUGCACGACGAACACAAGUAAAGGCAAUAAAUAAUAUAUCAUUGUUCCAAGUUUAGAGGACUCUCUUAUUUUUGUCUUGGCAAUUUUUGAAGCUUUUUCUCGUAUAUGUCCGAUUAUAAAUCAAAUCAUUGAAUCGUAUGCAAAAAGAACGCAAUUCUAUCUCAAAAUGAGCACUUUUGAUAGGAUGAUAGUUUUGUCAAAUAAUUAUCACGGUUUAAUUAUUUUCCUCGAUUAAAGAAUGUUGAUAGAAUCAAUUUUCAUUAAAAGAUAUUAUAUUGUAGCUUUACAUGCUUAACUAAGUUUUUUUUUAAUAUUUAAAACUGUGUUUAGGAAGGAACAUUUAAGCAUGAAUUAGAAAUAAUUAUAUAAUCGCGAUUUAUCGAACUUUACAAGAGUCUAAAAGACAUUGAAAUUUUGCAGACGUCCUUUGCAUGUUGCUUGGUUUCUUUAAUAAGCAACGUAAACAAAACACAAGAAAGAAAUUGUUCAUAAAUACAUAAUAUCACUCACCAUGUUGCCAUCGACUGUUAUUCGAUACUUUUGUAAAUAUUGUCCUCUGAAUUUGGCACAUUGAAAAGCUCCGAAAAGCCUCUCUCUGUGGUCGAUGUGAGAGACGCAAAUCCUGAGAUCGGCGGGUCGAUCAGAUCUUUAUUAACAUCGGACGUCAGUCUAGAGCGACGAUUGUGCACUGUUAGUGUGUAAAAUAUUAGCGAAUUAGGAACGAUUUAAUUGCGAUCAAGGAUAUUACCUACCUACCUACCUACCCACUUACAAGUGGACAUGGGCCAAACUCGGUAUAUUAUAUUAAUAUACGUUCAAAGUUGGCCCAUCGCCAUGACCAAUGAAGUAAUAAGAAAAGAAAAAAAAAAAAAUAAAAUAAAAACAAAAAUAAAUUGUCAUCUAAUUACAUUUUUACGCACUCCAAAUUUUUAUCCUCGUCAUUUGUAUCAUAGCAAUCAUGUGUUUAAAGAAGGAUCCACAUUAUAUGUAUGUAAUCAAAAUUGUAACUGAUAAAACGUUAAUAAAAAAACGAUAUCCGAAA